UCAAUAUUACUAUGAGUAUAUACUAUGAAUACAUAUCUAGAGAUCCAACUGGAAACACACAAAAACCAAGGAAAUGUUAGCCUCCAAAUAGAACAAAAUUGAUUAUCUUGACGUUUCUGCCAUUGUGAACUACCAUUUUUGCCCGUAUAAAGUUUCCAUAUAUACAGAUCUUCAAAUGGUUUGGGAUGACAAAACCUUUUACGAAACAAAAUACUUAGAGGUAUAAGACCAAGAUCCUCCGACUUCUCCUAUCCCUCUGCUUGCUUCCGUUUUCAAUCUCUCCUUUCUCUCAGUCUUCCCCGACAAUGGGUGAACAAUACCGUAUGCUUAUUGGUGCAGUGACUUCUAAGCAUGUCGCCAAGGCUCUGAAAGUCUCUACCAAAACACAAAGACAUUAUUGGUUGAAACACCACAACCUUCACCAGAGGGUUUGGAUCUGACGUAAUGGCGGCGAACAUGUCUAAAACCCUAGAAUCGUACCGUUCGGCGUUCGCCGGUCGAGUUUUUUUUCAAACAAAGGUUUGAACUUUAAACUUUGAUCUCGUCCCUCGGGAGCAAACUCGGACCAAUUGUAAAUCUUGAUUCGUAUAGAGAAUGGCGGCGAAUGGGCUAAUGGCGGCGUCCAAUGUGUUUCUCCAUCGUCCUGAGAAUCGCAAUUUCUCGUUUUCCUCUAGAACGAGUCAAACGGCUCUGAUCGGUGUUAAAGGCCGUGUUACUUUCAUGGGCAAUGUGAAACGCUGUUUUCCUGUGGUUUUGUCAAUGGCAAAGACGGAGACUUCCGUGCAAGCCGUUGAGCCCGUUUCGCCUGGUUACGGCAUAUCCAUCAUGGUGAAUGGAUGCAGUGGCAAAAUGGGGAAAGCUGUCAUCAAGGCGGCAGAUUCUGCAGGAGUGAAGAUUGUUCCUACAUCAUUUGGUUCUGCUGAAGAGGCUGGCCAGACAGUUGAGGUCUGUGGAAAGGAGAUUCUUGUUCAUGGUCCUACUGAAAGAGAGAAGGUUCUGUCUUCGGUGUUUGAGAAGUAUCCUGAACUUAUUGUUGUGGAUUACACAAUUCCCUCUGCAGUAAAUGAUAACGCAGAGCUGUAUGGCAAAGUAGGAGUUCCCUUCGUUAUGGGUACAACUGGAGGAGACAGGACAAGAUUGUAUAAAACUGUCGAGGAAUCAAAUAUUUAUGCUGUGAUCUCCCCACAGAUGGGGAAACAGGUUGUUGCGUUUCUUGCAGCCAUGGAGAUCAUGUCUGAGCAGUUUCCUGGUGCAUUUGCUGGUUAUUCCUUAGAGGUGAUGGAGUCUCAUCAAGCCAGCAAAUUGGAUGCAUCUGGUACUGCAAAAGCUGUUAUUUCUUGCUUUCAGAAAUUGGGUGUGUCUUACGACAUGGACCAGAUACAAUUAAUUCGAGAUCCUAAGCAACAGAUGGAGGAGGUGGGUGUUCCCGAGGAGCAUAUCUCGGGUCAUGCUUUCCAUCUCUAUCACUUGACAUCACCAGAUAAAACUGUGUCCUUUGAGUUCCAGCACAAUGUUUGCGGAAGAUCAAUAUAUGCUGAGGGUACUGUCGAUGCUGUGCUUUUCCUUGCGAAAAAGAUCCGGUCUAAAGCAGAGAAGCGGAUCUAUAACAUGAUCGAUGUCUUGAGAGAGGGAAACAUGCGUUGAAACUACCAGAGUUGUUCAACCAAGGCUUACCAGAGCAAAACUCAGCUGUGAAUUUUGUUGUUUAGCUUUCAGAAACUACUAGAGUUGUUCAACUAGUUAUUGUUAGUUUUACUUUGCGCCUGCAUUGUAUUUUCUGUUGACAACCUUUAAUUAUAUCUUGUCUUUCGAUCUUUAAAAAGACUUAGAUAAAAUUGGAA